UCUUAAUGCAAAGGCAGAGCUCCUGCUGUUUCCUCAACAAAAAAAAACCUCCCUCUUUUCGUCGAAUCCAGCCACCAUGAAACCCUAAGACCACCGUCCUCCCGAAUCCUCCAUUGCCCUCCCCGAUGCAGGCGUUCGCGCGCCUCUCCUCCCCCGCCGCCUCCAGAAAGGUGAUUUCGGGCGUCUCUGGAGCGGUCGCAAGGCCGUGCUACCGGACAUGGCGGUGGAAGGCGCAUGCGGCGCCGCUGUCGGCUCCGGGCCCACCCAAGGGCAAGAAGAGGGAAUACAUAUCCAAGAAUGAAAGGAAGGCUAGGAUGAAGGAGUUUAUUGAGGGUUAUCAGGCAUCAAAUGACGGUAGAUUUCCGACUAUGCAAAUGAUUCGUCAAAGUGUUGGAGGGGGUCACUACACAAUUAGGGAUGUACUCUCGGAAGUGAAGUAUAACCAGAUAAAGUUUCCGUUUGAUAAGUCUAAGGCAGCCCAGCUUCAGGAGACAGCUGAAGGUGCUGAGCAGUCAAGGCCAGAGGAGGAGAGUGGAAACAGUUCAUUUAACUCUCAGAGCUUUAACGGAAAUCAGGAUGAAGAUGACACGCUCCUAUCCCAGAAAGAUUCUCCUGCUGGCAAUACAAUCAUGGAAAACACUGAAGCUUCCAUAUCUUUGGACGCAAAGGAGGUGAAGUUACCGCUAUAUAACUCCGAGGCAGCCCAGCUCCAUGAGACAGGUGAAUGUGCUGAGCAAUCAAGGCUCGGGGAAAGCGGGAGCAGUGCAUUGAACCCAGAUGACACACUCCUCUCCCAGAAAGACUCUGCUAUGGGCACUACAAUCAUAGAAAACAAUCAACCAUUGGGAUCUCUAGAGUCACAAGACUCCUCUCAUUACAGUGGAGAAACUGAGGUUGCCAAGCAAGAUUCAUGUACUGCAGCAGCAGAUGCAAAUGACCUGACUGUAUCGAAACAAGCAGAAAUUGAUGGCAUGAAGACUGAAGCACCCAUAUCUUUGGAACUGGAGACUAAGUCAGACAACGGGAAUCGUCAAGGGGAAACUGAAGUUAACAAGGUGCAUUCGAACAAUGUGAAAAAAUUCCAGGAUCCAACUGAACCAACUGUAUCUGAUCAAACUGAACAUGACACAGUGAUCAAAGGAAAUGUACUUCACAGAGAAGAGAACCCCGAGGUCGAGGAGCAGGGAUCAAGCAAGACAAGUCUUUUAGGGAGCCUGAAAUCGCUUGCUUCUGGGAUCAGAAACUUCUGGAGAAAUCUGUAAAUUUGUCUCAUUUUGGCUUGGAGCUAACACACAUGAAGUCCCCUUAUUUAUCAUUUUGUGAGCCUGGAGCAGCUUGUGAAGCUUUGUCAAGGCGACAGAGUUAAUGAUCCAAGUGCCCCUUGUUUAGUGUUUUUUGCGAGGCUGAAGAAAGCUGUAAAGUUUUAUUUUUUGCACUACUGAACACUGGUCUGACU